AUGGCAGACCUCGAGUUCGAGACCGCCGCACAGGCAGAAACAGCCGGGCCUUCUAUAUCUCUUUCGGCUGAGAAGGAGGCGCAAUUUGAGCGCAUCACGCGGAAUCUCCAGGAAGCGACGAGUACGGAGAUCAUCAGGAAGGUGUUGGCGGAUGACGAGGUCGUGCGGUGUUACUGGGGCAGUGCUACGACAGGACGACCACAUAUCGCCUACUGCGUGCCUCUGUUGAAGAUUGCCGACUUCUUGACUGCUGGAGUCAACGUCAAAAUCUUGCUCGCAGAUCUCCACGCCUUCCUAGACGCCAACAAGUCCUCCCUCGAGACCCUUAAAUGGCGGACAAAGUACUACUCCUUCAUCCUCAAAGCGAUCUUUACGACUCUCGGUGUUCCCCUUGAUAAGCUCGAGUUCGUCACUGGUACGAGCUACCAAUUGACAGCCGAGUACACCUUGGAUAUGUACAAGUUCCACUCGCUUACCACGACCAAAGCUGCGGAACAUGCCGGCGCGGACGUUGUCAAGGCCUCGGAAUCGCCUCUGAUGUGCAGUCUGCUCUACCCGGGUCUGCAGGCGCUGGAUGAGCAGUACUUGGACGUGCACUUCCAAUUUGGCGGUGUCGAUCAGCGCAAAAUCUUCAUGUACGCCGCCCACUUCCUCCCCAAGCUCGGCUACGCCAAGCGCGCCCACCUCAUGAACGCCAUGGUCCCCGGUCUUUCCGGCGGCAAAAUGUCCUCCUCUGAACCCAAAUCCAAAGUCGACUUCCUCGACUCUCCCGCCGACAUCAAGUCCAAGCUCAAGGCCGCCGUCUGCACCCCCGGCGUCGUCGAAGGCAACGGUGUACUCGCAUUCGUCAAGGCGGUGCUCAUCCCUGUUCAAAACCUGUGGAACGAGCAGGCGCGCGAGCGGGGCGAGGCGGACUUUAGAGGGGACGCCAAGAGCUUUAUUACUGGCGACGCACCAAAGGGGACUGUGUUCUCCAUCAGUAGGCCAGAGAAGUUUGGUGGGGAUAUACAUGUGGGGAGUUACGAGGAGCUCGAGGCGAAGUACACAAAGGAGGAGGUGCAUCCCGGAGAUCUCAAGACGGGCGUGACGGACGCGCUGGUGAAGCUUCUCACGCCGAUACAGGAGAUGUUCAAGGCGAAUGAGGAGUGGCAGGAGGCGGAAAGGUUGGGGUACGCUGUGGGCGGGUCGGAGAAGAUUGCGGCGGAGGCUAAGGCGGCUAAGCCGGAGGGCAAGCUGAUUAGCCAGGCGAAGAAGGAGAAAGACGUCCGGUCUGCACCACCAACGGAGGAGGAGCGCGCGGCUCUCCGAGCAAAGAAGGAGCAGGAGAAGCUCGCCAAGCAACAAGCGAAGGAUGCAGCGGCUGGGAAUCAGGUCUCGCCGGAAGAGCUGAAAAAGAGGGAUGCGGCGGCCGCGGCGGUCACGCCGGUAGCGAGUGGAAGUGGAUCUGGGAGUGGCAAAGCUGUUGUCCAGACAGACAUGCCAAAACUCAAGCUGCUCGCCAAGGGCAAAGUCCGUGAUAUCUACGCCAUGCCAGAUGAGGCCGACGCGGACAAGCUGUUGUUUGUCGCUACGGACCGUAUCUCGGCUUUCGACAUCAUCAUGGACAAUGGCAUACCACAAAAAGGCAUCACCCUCACCACUCUCUCCCUAUUCUGGUUCCACAAGCUCUCACAUAUCAUCCCGCACCACGUCAUCUACCCCUCUCUCCCCGACGCGUCUUCGUCGACUCCUUCUUCCACCUCGGACCUACCUGCCGCCCUGGUCGACCCAAAAUCGGCAUGGAAAGAGUUCCCGCGGAGUCUGGACGAGUACAGAGAUCAGCUGAAGGGACGGAGCAUGAUUGUCAAGAAGUGCGAGGUGGUCAAGAUUGAAGCGAUCGUGAGGGGGUACAUUACAGGUUCGGCUUGGGCCGAGUACAAGAAGAGUCAGACUGUACACGGGAUCGAGAUGCCUGCUGGGCUUGUCGAGAGUCAGAAACUCCCCAAGCCGCUCUUCACGCCGUCGACAAAGGCGGAUCAGGGCGAGCACGACGAGAACAUCCACCCGGACAAAGUCAAGGACAUCUGCGGCCCCGAGCUAGCUGCUCAGAUCGAGGACAUCGCUCUUCGCCUAUACACCGACGCAGCAGAGUACGCCCUCGCCCGCGGUCUCAUCCUCGCCGACACUAAAUUCGAAUUCGGCCUCCUCCCCACUCCCAACGGUAAACAGCUUAUCCUCAUCGACGAGCUCCUCACUCCCGACUCGUCCCGCUACUGGUCGGCCGCGGCGUACAAGGAGGGCCAGCCACAAGCGAGUUUCGACAAGCAGUACCUGCGGGACUGGCUCAUUGAGGGGGGAUUGAGGAAUAAGGAGGGAGUGAGUCUGCCGGAGGAGGUUGUUAUCGAGACGAAGGCCAAGUAUGAGGAGGCUAGGGAUCGGGUGAUGGGGCUGGGGCAGUUUGGGAAUUAG